UUUCACCAAGAUUAGAAGGGUAGGAGUGAUAUGUACAUUUUACCAAGAUAAGAUAGGUACUGCGAGUGGAACAAGCGUUUACUCGAGUUCGGGAACCAGGCAGCAAAGUGUCGCCUUCCCUUUUAGAACGAAUUUUUGGAAAACAGAACAGGGCGCCAUGGAAAGACUUCCCGAUCUCACCCUUCACAUCUUGACACCGGAUGACUUAUAUGACGUCAUGCAACUCCUGCGGAGGACGUUCUUCAAAAGGGAAGUUCUUUCAACUGCCAUGGGAUGUACCGUAGAGGAUCUGGUGAAUCAAACUUCCACAAUGGUCAAGGAGUGCCUUGAAAAUGGCGUGUGCGUCGGUUUGCGGGAAACCAAAACCAAGAGUCUAGUGGCUGUGAAAAUCUGCGAUGUCCUCACCCGAGACAGAGCAACUACGACAGCUCCAGAGAAUAACAAGACACAGAGGGAAAAAAUGGUAGAAGCUGUUUCGAAGAGCAUACCUCCCCCGGAGUGUUUGUUCGACGACCCCAAUGUUGAGAAAAUCCUCUACGGCAGGAUAGCCAACAUUGAUCCGGCUUACACCGGGAAGAACCUCUCUGUAGUCCUUCAUGAGGCGAGCGAAAGAGCCGGCAUCGAGGCAGGGUGUCAGCUGUUCUAUUCCCAGGUUGCGAACAAGACCCUCCUGAAGAAGAUGAUCCAGAGCGGAUGUCACGUCCUCCAGACGAACAGAGUCAAGGAUGUCUCACUGGAUGGGCAGCAAGUUACUGUGAAAUCUGACGACGAGGAUAUUUCGAUAUCAGCGUUGGUGAAGGUUCUGAUUCCUGGGAACUAUAGGGUAAAAAGUUCUCUGUAAUGUCGACAAUAACAUGGUAUAUGUGCACUUUUCGUCAUAAUACUAGCUUAGUCUAUCUUACCUGUGGUUACGACGAGUUAUUGAUGUAUAUGGCAGCCCUGGUUGUAGAUAAACACGCUGUGAAAUGGUCUGGGUAUUUUCAUAAAAUUUCAAGAGAAUUAGAUCGAGUGCUGCUGACGUGAUUGUGCUAAAAGACGCGUUAAUGUGUGGUGCUUAUGUACAAGGCCAGAAGUGAAUUCAGUGUAUGUUGGACUUGGUUGUAUUUGAAGAUAAAUAAAGGCUGAACGGUGGUGAAUACCCCUUUCAAGUUCACUUCCAUUUUUGCGCAUGCGCACUAGGCCCUAGCAACCCACAGCGUCCUUAGCAACGAAGGACAACGAAAACGUCUUGGUGACAGCUGUCAAAUACACCGGUAAUGGCCACAUCCACCUUGCCUGUAUCAUGAGGACUUUAAAUGAUCUUAAGAAACUACAUCGUUCGCAGCUGAAAGGCAUUAAUAAAGAUGAACUGAUAGAAGCUAUUUUAAAUUCUACUGCUGUUGAUGGAGAUAUCCAUGAGAAAUUAACAACAAUCGUGAAUGAUUUAGCGGAGAUGAAAUUGUCUAUUGUUUCUUCUGAUGCAAAUGUGAAUUCCAAGAUUACUGAGAUGCAACAGAAACUAGACAAGAAGUCAGAAAUAAUUAUAGCAUAGCAAUUAUUUUUGGAGAAAUUGGAUCGUAGGGAGAGGGAGAAGAAUUUAGUCCUUCUUGGCGUUUCAGAUGAACGGGUAGCUCUGGUGGGGUUGAAUGAUGAAGAUUCUAAGAUCCAGAAGAUAUUUGACAUUCUUCAGGUGACUACUCCGAUUCUAUCUCAUAGGAGGUUGGGAACUCGCAAUGAGGAUAAUACACGUUCCUGACCUAUCCUUGUCAGAUUGGGCUCGAGAAAAGAAAGCGAUGCCAUAGUUGAAAAGCCAAAAGCUUUAAAACAAUGCCAAGACCCAUUCAAGAAGAUUUUUGUUAAAAAGGAUACCCACCCAGCUGUCAGGAUGGAAUGGAAAAGACUGCAUGAAGCCGAAAAGAGAGAGAAAGAGAAGCCAGAAAAUCAGGGAUGUGCAAUUAGGAUGGACUACAGGGAGAGAAAGCUCUAUAAAGAUGAUGUGGUGAUUGAUUCAUGGAAUCCUCACCCUCUUUAGGUAGCCCACGGAAACAUCUUAAAAUAAUCUCGUGGAACGUUAAUGGUGUUAGGACCAAGAUUGAGACAACUUUUGUAGAGAAUUUAUUAUUGGAUUAUGAUAUAAUUUGCCUUAAUGAAGUAAAAACCUCGUCACCAAUUAAUUUCCCUGGUUAUGUAUCUUGUAUUAGUCGUAAUAGGAACGCAGAACACCGCGGAGGUACUACAUGUGUUUUGAUCCGUAGGUGUCUUUUUUCUUAUGUUGUGAUUGAAGAUAUAAGUAAUAUAUUAGUGAUCAGGUGUUGCUCACAAUCAGUUGUGUGCCGAAUGUGUUAUUUAGUUUUUGUUAUGUCCCCCCAUCUGAUUCACCUUAUUUUGACAUGUCCUUGUAAAAUACAGGAGAAAGUUAAGUCUUAUGUAGGUGGUUGUAUGGUGAUGGAUGAUUUAAACGGUGAGAGGGGAUCUACCUAGCUAUUCUUACCCUACUAUCCCGGAUGCCGUACCUAACCCUAAUGACAAUGGGAGGAUGUUACUCGGGAUUUGUGUGGAUGAAAAACUUUUGGUUGUUAACAACCUUCAAACGUCUUGCAGGCAAUUCAAGGGAGGUCUUACUUAUAGGCAGGGACAACUGUGGGUUCUGAGCUUGGUUCUUGUUUGAUAUCUCAUGAGUACUUACACAUUGUUAAGAGUUUCGAUAUAAUCCAGGAUUUGAGAUUACCUUCUAAUCAUGAACCCUUAUCCUUAGACUUUAUAUGCCCUGGCGUCGGUUUAACUCAUAUACAAGAAAGAGCGUCUCAGCUCGGUGGUCAUACCGUGUUGCAAAGUAAAGCUACUAAUGAAUAUGUCACUCCGCCUAUAAUGUCAGAACAAAUGAAUCAAGAAUUGUUUGUCUGUGAGUUGGCAAAACAUAGAGAACCUACUUUUGAUGAAAGUAUUGACAAUUUUGAAGGUAAUCUGUGAACUAUAUUCUACGAGUGCGCAAGUAAAUCGGUAGUUAGGAGACCCGCACCUGGUGUUGAUGUUACUGUAAAUAGGUGGAAACGUCUUUUAAGUGAGAAUGAUAGUGCUACAAUUUGGCGUGGAGAGUUAAAAACCAAUUCAACUGACUUUGGUAAUGCUUCCUCACCAUCAGAUCAGGAAUUUAUUGAACACUUCACACAACUGUAUGACCACUCGGGGGAUACUACGAUUGAGAAUCUUGAUGGCUUACAAACUGAUAUAUAUGUACCCAUUUUGGAUGAUCCUAUUUCAUACCAUGAAGUACAAUCACAAAUCAAGCGUUUGAAGAGUGGGAAAGAGAGCAGACCUGAUGGAGUGCCCCCUGGAUUAUAUAAAAUGUUACCUGUGUCUUGGAUUUUAUGUGUAGUAGCCUUGUUUAAAAAUAUAUUUAUGUCCUCAUUGUAUCCUGUAUCGUGGAUUAAUGCAAGGUUGUUUACUGUCUUUAAACGUGGUUCAAGGUUAUUGGUUAAAAAUGAUCGGGCAAUGAAUGUGAUAAACUCAAUAGCUAAAUUGUAUGAUGCAGUUCUGUGUGCCCGACUCUCUCUUUGGUUUACUCCAUGCAGGGAGGGAGUAGGCGGGGUCGCAGAGGGGAAGGGGCUGUUUGGAGCAUAUCAUAUCUUUACGAUUGUUGACUGACCUUGCAAAGGGGAAAAAAUUCAAACUUUUUGUGACAUUUAUUGAUUUCCAACAAGCUUAUGACAGAGUACCAAGGCGUACUUUAUUUUUGAUAUUGAAAAGACUGGGAUGUGGAUCUGUAAUGAUAGCAGCACUUGUUUCGAUGUACAAAAUUACCAAUAGUAUUGUUGGGACAACUCUAAUUGCUUCGACAAUUGGUGUUCGCCAGGGGUCACCAACCUCAUGUCUAUUGUUUGUCAUUUUUGUGAACGAUCUUAUAAGAUUAAUUAAAAAUAAUUGUGGUAUUAA